GUCCUGGGCGAUGUUUGCCAAGGGCAUAGUGCCUGGCCGGCGGACGCAGGAGCCCUGGCAACGCAGAUCGCAGAGGCGGUGGGCAAGGAACGGCCGGACCUGUUUGUCUUGGUCCUUCCAGGCCCCUUCAUGAACGACUCCCAGGACAUGUUCGGCGAGGGCUUCGACAUUUUUGCAGAGAUACAGGUGCAACAAGAACUCGUUGCAAGCGUGCUGGCUAGGAGCCCCAAAGCAGGGCCCAUGGUGGCACCUACGCAGCCCUCAACACCUCGAGCAGAGGUGGCUGUGCCAGGCGUGGAGGUGCUCCUCCCCACAGCUCCCGACGGCCACACCGUGGAGGCGCUGAAAGGCCUGGCGGAAGCUCUGAAGGUGGACGAGAGCAAAGGCUCGAGAGCCUCUGC